UAAAGUUUGGGUAAUGUAGUCCACAACAGAGCAACACUGAAAAGUAGUUGUCAAAAAAAAAUAAGCAAAGAACUUGGCAGCUGUAGCGAAAUACGUGUUUUUAUUCAAUAAAUUAGCGAAAAUGGCAGUGUAAAACGACGGUGAAUGCAUAACUAAAUGUGCAACGUGUAAUCAUAAUGUCGAGCCGUCGUUCGAUACUCGGUUCGACAUUGGACGCUCUACCCGCGCCCACGGAUCCACUUCGCGAAUUGUUUGAAGCUUGCAAAACUGGUGAUGCUGCGCGAGUAAAAAAGUUAAUUACUCCUCAAACGGUGAAUGCCAGGGACACAGCUGGUAGAAAAUCUACUCCGCUACACUUCGCUGCAGGUUACGGUCGCCGAGAAGUGGUAGAGCUCCUAAUAGGUGCUGGAGCAGCGCUACAGGCUCGAGACGAUGGCGGGCUCCAACCAUUACACAAUGCAUGCUCCUUCGGUCACGCUGAUGUUGUCCGCGCGCUGCUGAGUGCUGGCGCGGCACCGGCAGCCAGGGAUAAUUGGGGAUAUACUCCGCUGCAUGAGGCAGCUGCGAAGGGGAAGGUUGAUGUUUGUAUCGCACUUCUUCAACAUGGUGCGGACCCGAACAUCAGAAACACGGAAGGAAAGACACCCUUAGAUUUAGCAGAUUCAGCCACCAGGCCUGUUCUUACUGGCGAAUAUUGCGCAGCAGAAGUGCUAGAAGCGGCACGUUCAGGCGCGGACGAGCGGCUCGCGGCCCUCCUAACGCCUCUAAACGUGAAUGUGCACGCUGGGGAUGGUCGCCGCUCCACCCCCUUACAUCUGGCUGCUGGUUAUAAUCGCGCACGUGCAGUGCGGUUGUUAUUGCAGAGAGGGGCGGACACACAUGCUAAAGACAAGGGUGGCUUGGUGCCUCUUCACAACGCCUGCUCAUACGGCCACUACGAAGUGACGGAGCUGCUAGUCCGCGCUGGUGCCGACGUCAAUGCUACAGAUCUCUGGGCCUUCACACCGCUACAUGAGGCCGCUAGCAAGGCGCGGCUAGAGGUGUGUUCGCUCCUACUCAGUGAAGGCGCGGACCCUACGCUACUGAACUGCCACGGCAAGUCUGCAUUAGAUGUAGCACCCACCAGAGAACUGCAGGAGAGGCUAGCGUUUGAGUACAGAGGGCACUGCUUGCUAGAAGCGUGUCGUUUAGCAGAGCCGGCCAGAGUCAAAAAACAGUUGUCAUCACUCAACAAUCAACCUAUAAACCCAGAGAGUUCGUCAUCGAGCCCGGGCGCGGGCGCGGGCGCGGGUGCGGGUGCGGGGUCGGCGGCGGGGGGCUCCGCGCCCUGCUCGGCGGAGGCGCUGGCCAACUUCCAGCACCUCGCCAGCGGCGACCGCCCGCUGCACGCCGCCGCCGCCAGCGUCUACCCCAAGCGGAAACAGGUGAUGGAGUUGUUAAUAAGAAAGGGCGCCCGAGUUAACGAGAAGAAUAAGGAGGGACAGACGCCGCUACACAUAGCCACAGAGCAUUCGCACCUAGACGCUAUGGACCUUUUGUUGCGGCACGGUGCUAAGGUGAACGCGAUGGACGGGCGCGGCAUGAGCGCGCUGUCUGUGGCGGCGCGCGCGGACGCGGCGGCGGCGUGCCGGCUGCUGCUGGCUUGCGGUGCGCACGCGCAGGAACCCAGCUAUCCCGCGCCCAUGGACGCAUGUGCGAACGCGGCGGCCCUACGUCUGCUAGAAGCGGCUCGGACAGGCGACGUGGAAGCGGCGCGAGCGGCUCUAGACGCGCGCCCUAGAUUGGUCAACUGCAGAGACGUCGACGGCCGCCACUCCACCCCGCUACACUUCGCGGCCGGGUACAAUAGGUUACCACUUGCUCAACUACUAUUACAAAGAGGCGCCGAUGUCCACGCGAAAGACAAAGGCGGCCUCGUCCCCCUCCACAACGCGUGUUCAUAUGGCCACUACGAAGUGACCGAGCUACUAGUGUCGUGCGGCGCCGGAGUGAACGCGGCGGAUCUGUGGCGGUUCACGCCGCUACACGAAGCGGCGGCUAAGGGCAAGGCGGAUAUCGUGCGGCUGCUGCUCAAGCACGGCGCGGAUCCGACCCGACGGAAUCGAGACGGACUGACUCCCUUACAACUAGUUCGGAGCGGAGACUCCGACACGGCCGACGCGCUGCGCGGCGACGCGGCGCUGCUCGACGCGGCCAAGCGCGGCGAGCUGGCCCGAGCUAGGAAAUUAAUAACGCCACAGAACGUGAAUUGUAGAGACGCUCACGGGAGGAAUUCCACACCACUACACCUUGCCGCCGGCUACAACAACCUAGAAGUCGCCGAGGCGCUCCUGGAGGCCGGCGCGGCAGUCUCAGCGCGCGACAAGGGCGGCCUAGUACCACUCCAUAACGCCGCCUCCUAUGGACACUUGGAGUUGGCUGCGCUGUUGCUGCGGGCCGGCACGCCGCCGAAUGCCGCCGAUAGAUGGGGCUUUACUCCUUUACACGAGGCAGCGCAUAAAGCGCGCACGCAGCUGUGUGCGUUACUGCUGGCCCACGGCGCCGACCCGUACCUCAAGAACCAAGAAGGCCAAACGGCUCUAGACCUGGCCGGGGCCGAGGACGUCCGCUCCCUCCUGCAGGACGCCAUGACGUCCGCCACGCGCGCGCCGCCCGCCGCGCCGCCCGCCGCGCCGCUGCCGCCGCCGCAGCUGCCCGUGCUGCUACCUAGCGGCGACACAGUGCCUCUACCGCUGCCGGUGGUGCCGAGCAAUUACUGGGCGGAGGGUUCCCGAGGCAGUUUAGAGGACGCGGCGGGACGACCUGCCUCGGCCCUCUCCACGUCGGAAUCUUUACAAACUUUCCUGUCGAGUAUCGGGCUAGAGCAGCUAGCACCAGUAUUAGAACGAGAGCAGAUAACAGUAGAUAUCUUAUCAGAGAUGUGUCACGAAGAUCUCAGAGCCGUGGGCGUCGCGGCCUACGGGCACCGACAUCGACUGCUAAAGGCGGCGCGGCAGUCUGCGCAGGCGGCGUCAGAAUGGUACGGCGGCACAACGCUUGUCGACGUGACGCCGACGUCGAGCGACGAGUGCGGCGAGAGCGAGCACGCGAUAGUCGAGAGGGAGAUGCAAGCAUCCGUGCGGGAGCACAGAGACCAGGCGGGCGGGAACUACACACACUAUAAUGUAGUUAGGAUACAAAAGAUAGUGAACGGCCGUCUAUGGGAGCGCUACCAGCACCGGCGGCGGGAGGUGUCCGCGGAAGCAGGUGGCGCUAACGAGCGCAUGCUGUUCCACGGCUCGCCCUUUAUCAACGCCAUCGUGCAAAAGGGCUUCGACGAGAGACACGCCUACAUCGGUGGCAUGUUCGGCGCAGGCAUAUACUUCGCGGAGCAUUCUUCCAAGAGUAACCAGUACGUGUACGGUUUUGGCGGUGGUUCCGGGUGCCCCGCGCACAAGGACCGCAGCUGUUACCUGUGUCACAGACAUCUCCUCCUCUGCCGCGUGACGCUCGGACGCGCGUUCCAGCUGUCAGCGGCGCUGAAGAUGGCGCACGCGCCGCCCGGACACCACGCCGUGUCGGGCCGCCCCACGCAGGGCGGGCUCUGCUACCCCGAGCACGUCGUGUAUCGGGGGGAACAGGCUUACCCAGAAUACCUAAUAACGUAUCAAAUAGUCGACGGCGAGGGCAACACGGGCGCAGUAUAAAUACCAAGUAUUUCUACCUGGUACCAAGUACCUAGUGCGACCUAGUAUGUACCUAAAUUAAAAUAUUUUUUGAAUAUUGUUUAGUUGAAACUACUUAGUUUAGAAAUUAAUUUAUGUGUCGUUUUCAAACAAAAGGUACCAGUUUUGUAGGUUGUCAAUAUGCAAUUAAAAAUCAUCAUUAUUGACAAC